AUGCCCCUCUUCUCCCGCGCUCUUGCCCUCCCUCGCCUUCCCCACCGCGCUCCCUCCCAAAACCUCCUCGCGCCGCACCCCGCCCGGCCAUUCACCACCAGUCACAAGCGUCUUGGUGAUGACACCGUCAGCAGUUUCGCGAAGGGCAGCAAGCUCGGCGGCGGCGAGAACGGCUCGCACGCACUUGGGCCAGACAGCUUGUUGACGAAGGGUCUUGGGACGGUGGUCCUCAUUGGCUUCGUGUUCUAUCUCGAAUCCAGGAUCAGCGGGCAGCUCACCCCGAUGUCGGUCGACUUGGCCGAAACUCAGCAAGCGGUCAAGGGCUUGUCCGGCGCGAUGCACGAAGUCCGCUCCGACUUGCGCGACACCAAAAAGCUGCUCAACAAGCUGAGCUUCCAGGUCGGCCGUCUGGACGGGAGGUUGAGCGGAAUGGUCACGGGCGUUGGCGCAAGCGAAUUCCCGCAAAACCAAGUCUAA